GCAAUUCCCGCGAAUGCCAAGAUUUUUUUUUAUCAUUUUUUUUCGCUGAAAAGACAUUGAAAGCUUCUUUUUUCUCCGAUUUCACGGAUUAAAUUUUUUUUCGUGUCUUUUUUCACAAAGAAAAAGAAGAAAAAUAAAAUUAAAAACGAAAAAAAAGAGAAAAUACGGAAGAAAAAAUAAAAGAUAUUUAAAAGUACAUAGAAACCACAUGUAGAAUUUUAAUCUCUUUCAAGUAUCAUAAAUAAAUUCUCUAAGUAGCUUCAACGUCAAAUCAAACACACAGACAAAGCAGCCGUAUCACAGUCAUAUCUUCAUUUAAUAAAUUGUGAUAAGACAAUUUUUCCUUGAUGAUGAUAAUAACAACAACAACAACAACAAUAAUAAUAAAUAAUUUAGCGUUUGUCUGUGUGUCGUGCUCUCAGUGAAACAAUAUAAUAUAAUUUAUCUACUAAGUGGACGUUGAAAGCAGUAUUUGAAGUCAGUGCAACUCACAAAAAAGAUUGAAUAACGAGAAAAUUCGCCAAAAAAACGAAUUCCAAGAAAAAACUACGUCAAAGUCUUUCAAUGAAUUUGUUUGGAAUUUGUGAAUCAUAUUAUUAGUGAACUAUUAAUUGUAAAAUCAAGCCGAAAAUAUUUUGUGUGAAAAUUAAAAAUGAAUGUCGUUUAUCAUAAUGACCGAUAAUGAAGUCUCAUGUUUCACGACAUUAAGAAAGGCGUUGAUGAAAUGGCACCGCACUAAAGUAACGACGUCGUUGGCAGCACCAUCGUCAAUCGCGGAACGAAGUGAUACAAAAAUCCAAUUAUUGUUGUAUAACGACAAUAACAACGCCGAACAGACGACAAUCAAAGUGCCAAUCUCAUUUCAUGCGGAUAUGGAUUUGAGCCAAAGAAGUCAAUUUGACGCGGAACAACCGUCGAACUCGUCGUCGACAUCGACAAUCGUUAAUGCGCCCGCACAUGCCAAGGAUAAAGCGACAAAAAGACAGGAAAUUGAAUUUAAGGAACAUAAGUCCGUUUCAAUUGAAAGCGGAUCGAAGCACGGAUCAUGCGACUCGAUUGGCUCGAGGACUGUCAUAAUGGAGAAGCGGCAACGCACGAGCAUGGAGGCAGAGCAAAUUUCGUUGCAGAACAAUGAACAGAAUACGCAACAAGAGCAACAACAACAACAACAAGAACACAAGGCGAAACCGAAGCCGAAACCUUUGUUCCAUCUUGGCAGUGAUGCAUCGUCCAUUAAAGACAUGCGGUAUUACGCGAGUGAGGAAGAGAUGGAAACAGAUGACAUUUUAUCGCCAUUACCCCUGGAUACGAGUCAAUUUUUUGCGAUGCCUGGACAAAGAUCGGCUGGCACGAGUAAUAAUUGUAACAGUAAAAGUUCGCCUAAAUUCAAGUUUCCGAUGUCAGCGCCGGCGUUGGAUCAGAAUCGGUUGAACAAGUUGAGGUUUAAUUUUGAUUUUGAUUGUUCGCAUACCGUGGCAGAUCAUGAGGAUGAGAAACCAUUAACGGAUAUUAAAUUUCCUAGUCUUCUGCCACCCAAUCCGCCGCUUAGAAUUUUAUGUGUCUUUCACAAAAAUGACGCCGUAAUUGAGGCAUUUCUCAAUGCUUGCCAUCGUCUCGAUAUCGAACACACGAUCGCCAAAUCCACCGAAUCUGCAAUUGAUGAAUUUCAAAAUGUAACCACCGGCGGGCAUCACAUAAUUGCCGUUGACGGCAGAUAUCCCAAAAUAAUUGACGCCGAGUCAUUCGGAAGGUCAAUGCGAACGACAAAAGGCAGCCAGCACACAACGAUGGUGGCUAUUGUUAAAAAAGGUGCAUUUGACAAGGAUGACACAUUGGCUCAUUCAUAUUUGGAAGUGGGAUACAAUCGAUGCAUGGUGGAGUCGCCGCAUGUCUCACAUUGCAGCUCGGAAUUGAGACAAAUAAUGCAUUCACUUGUACGUCCCCAGUACGUGAUUUCAACGCAACAGGCAUUGUAUAUGGCGUUGCAUCGUGCCAAAGAAGCUAUUUUAAUUACUGACGAUACACUAAGGACACAAUAUGCGAAUAAAGCAACGGAACGAUUGCUCAAUAUGAAGUUGGAUGAGAUUGUCAAUCGAACGCUAUCGGAGCUUACAACAUCAGACGUCAAAGGACUUUUAGCACAAACAAAUAGAUUUAGGGAAUACGAUGGACUAAUUACAUUAAGUAGAAAAUCUCAAACUGAAUCAAUCACCGUACACGUUAAGGCUGCUCCAAUUACGUGUGUUGGCAGGACUCCAACACAUUUAGUCAUAGUUUUAGACUCACCGACAUCGGCAGACGGCAUCACCAACAAGGAUACGUUACAGAUGGUGCCGCAAUCGAAGGAAGCACAACCCAGGGGAUCGUUACAUUCAAUCAGACGAGGCAGUUUCGACAUACGUUCCGUGGCGUCAGACGGCUUACGACGUACGAGUUUGGCAAAAUUGUCUUCAUUACCCUUGGAGGCACCAAUUACGAAGGUCGUCAAUAUCCUCACUCAAGUACAGGAAAAUUGCUCGCAGGAAGAGUCAAAGUUACUUGAUCGCGCAAUGGAGUUCCUAAAACGCGAAGGUCUCUACAGUCCGCAAAUGAAGGAAAUUUGCCCGCAAGACCCCGUGGCGACAGAUUUGAUUGGAGCGCUGCUCACGCAAGGUCCAACAAAUGUUUUGUCCUCGCGGCGUAGCAGUAACGACUCCAUAAUUCGUAGCGGGCGACAAUCGGCGUCGAGUGGCAGUGCGAGCAAGACAAAAGUUCCAACGCAGUUGUCCGAAUUGAUGGAAACCGCUCUCGAAUGGGACUUUGAGAUAUUCAAGUUGGAGGAUAUGACGGAAAAACGACCGUUAGUCUAUUUGGGAAUGGAACUUUUGCGUCGCUUCGACGUCUUCAAUACCUUCAAUUGUGAUGAAACAACGUUCAAAUCGUGGCUAAUCGUCAUCGAGGCACACUACCACAGUGCGAACACGUACCACAACAGUACUCAUGCAGCUGACGUUAUGCAGGCAACUGCGUGUUAUUUGCAGCAACUUUCGGUGCGCGAAUCCAAAAUCAUGGACGAGAUGGAUGAGGCAACGGCUCUCAUUGCCGCCGCAACGCACGACAUCGACCAUCCGGGCAGGUCAUCGGCAUUCCUGUGCAAUUCCGGAAACCCCCUGUCCCUGUUGUACAAUGACAUUUGCGUUUUGGAGUCACAUCAUGCAGCAACAACCUUUAGACUGACACUCAGCGAUGAAAAAAUCAACAUUUUUAAGAAUUUAGAUAGAGAAACUUACAAAUUGGCCCGACAAAUUAUCAUUGACAUGAUUUUGGCAACUGAAAUGACAAGACACUUUGAGCAUUUGGCAAAAUUCGUGAGCGUGUUCGGGACAGAUGUUGAAACCAAAGAAUUCCAGCAGAAUGACGUCGAUGACAAUCAGAUUUUAGUGCGACGAAUGAUGAUCAAGUGUGCUGACGUGAGUAAUCCAACGCGCCCACUGAAAUUCUGCGUUGAAUGGUCUCGAAGAAUUGCCGAGGAAUAUUUCAUGCAAACGGACGAGGAAAAACGGCGUGGCUUGCCAAUUGUCAUGCCAAUGUUCGAUCGGACCACAUGCAGCAUCUCCAAAAGUCAAAUUGGCUUUAUCGAAUAUAUCAUACAGGACAUGAUGCAUGCCUGGGACGGUUUCAUUGAAAUGCCCGAAAUAAUACAAUACAUGGAAUUUAAUUACACACAAUGGAAAUUGUACGAGGAACAAGGCAUCAAAACGUUGUCGGACAUCAAACGGAAACAAAUGUCGAUCACAUCAAAUUCUCUGUCGCAACAAAUGCUCGAGGAAAUGUUAUAGUGCCCGUAUUUUGGACAAAAAUUAGAUGACGUCUUGGAAUAAAAAGUGUGCGACGGGGGCCUAAAAACUCUAAGAACAAAGAAGAUCUUUUAUUUCAAUUCAAAUUCUGCUUUUGUAAAAUAAUUGUUUUUGGAAUUCAAUAAAAAAAAAACAAAAAAAAAGUUAGAAAAUUAAUUAAAAAUUAAUUUAAAAUUUUAAAA